CACACCAAACCCAAUCAGAUUCUAUUUGGUCUCGAAACUCAAUUCAACCAGACGAGAAGCAUCGAUAUUAUCGAUACAUCGCUAUUAUCGAUGGUUUGACGCAGCAGCCGAGGCUUUAAUUGUUAACAUUUCUCUCUGGCACGCACCUCACACAACAUAAAUUUACGUGACGAGGGAACGAGCACAGCACACACACGUACAGCAAGGAUGAGCAGCCAGGGACAUCACAAGAUGCAGGGCUGCGGCGGACUGUCCGGCGGAAUGCAGAGCACGGCAUCCAGUGGCUCCGGCAAAAACAACGGCAGCGGCCAGGAGCAGGAAUUUACCGACGAGAUCGACCUAGGCGAUCGCUUCUCGGCGGACAUGGCCCGCCUGUGCAUGAACGAGCGGUACGCGGACGUGGAAUUCAUUGUUGAGGAGCAGCGGCUUCCCGCCCACCGCGUCGUCCUGGCCGCCCGCAGCGAAUACUUCCGGGCGCUGCUCUACGGCGGAAUGGCGGAAACCACCCAACGUCAAAUACCCCUAGAGGUGCCACUAGAUCCGUUCAAGGUCCUGCUGCGCUACAUCUACUCGGGCACACUGCUUCUUUCCACCCUGGACGAGGAUGCUGUCAUCGAUGUCCUGGGCAUGGCCAAUCAGUACGGCUUCCAGGACUUGGAACUGGCCAUCUCGAACUAUCUGCGCCAGUACCUCGCCCUCAACAAUGUUUGCAUGAUCCUUGAUGCAGCGCGACUCUACAACCUGGAGGAACUCACCCAAGUGUGCCUCAUGUUCAUGGACCGCAAUGCUGCCGAUCUACUGCAGCACGACUCCUUCAAAACGCUGUCAAAAGAAUCACUGGAGGAAGUGCUGCGUCGCGACUGCUUCUUCGCCCCCGAGGUGCAGAUCUUCCUGGCCGUGUGGAAGUGGAGUCGCUACAAUCCCAACGUCGACAUCAAAUCGGUGGUGAGCUUCGUGCGCCUGCCACUGAUGAACCUCGAGCACCUGCUGCAGGUGGUGCGUCCAUCGGGCAUUUUGGAGCCCGACAAGAUCCUCGACGCCAUCGACGAGCGGAGCACCUCAAAAACGCUGCCUUACCGGGCGGCCCUCUGGCCGGAGGAGAACGUGGCCACGGCCAAGUUCCUGUCCCGCUGCAUUCAGGGCGAGUGCCGCUCUGCCCUGCUCGACGGCGAUGUGACCACGUACGACAUGGAGCACGGCUACACGCGCCACUGCAUCACGGACAGCAACGAUGCGGGCAUUGUGGUCGAGCUGGGCACGCUCUGCAUGAUCAACCACAUCCGCAUGCUGCUCUGGGACAGCGAUAGCCGGGCGUACUCCUAUUUUGUCGAGGUGUCCGGCGACCAGCAGCACUGGGAGCGCGUGGUCGACUACAGCGACUACCACUGCCGCUCCUGGCAGUACCUUUACUUCGCGGCGCGGCCAGUGAGGUUCAUCCGCCUCGUGGGCACCCAGAACACUGUCAAUCGGGUAUUCCACGUGGUGGGACUGGAGGCUAUGCACACGGCCAAGGUGCCGCGGCUGGUCGAUCACUUCGUGGCGCCCAAGGCGAACGUGGCCACCAUCGAGAUGAGCGCCAUCGUGACGGACGGAGUGAGUCGCACCCGCAAUGCGCUGAUCAACGGGGAUUAUGUGCGGUACGACUGGGACUCGGGCUACACGUGCCACCAGUUGGGCAGCGGCGAGAUCGUCGUCCGUCUGGGGCAGCCUUAUCACGUGGGCUCCAUGCGCCUGCUGCUGUGGGACUGCGACGAUCGCACCUACAGCUUCUACAUCGAGACCUCGACGAACCGCAAGGACUGGCAGAUGGUGGUCGACCGACGCAACGACAAGGCGCGCUCCUGGCAGAACUUUCACUUCACCCCGCGCCCGGUGGUCUUCAUCCGCAUCGUGGGCACUCGCAACACGGCGAAUGAGAUCUUCCAUUGCGUUCACCUUGAAUGUCCGACGCAGGACAAGUUCUACCUGAAGAAGAUAGCCGACAUGGAAAAGGAGCAGCAGGAGAAGCAGAAGGAAAAGAAGCGCGACACGGACAAGGCAGUCAAGCCUGAAGACGACAAUAUUGCCUCCACCUCGGGCACAUCGAGGGCUGCCCUCGCCGAGAGUCCCUCCUGCUCCGGCGGCAGCCAAAGUGUCAUCAAGUCCAACCACUGGCCGCCACAGACGCAGUCUCCCAAAGCGGAGCCGACCAAGGAAAAGGCCGUGGCUGAAGUCGCCCCCUUGCCAGCUAUCUCCCCGUCCGCCUCGCCGUCAUUGCCGGCCCCUCUGACCCCGGCAGCCUCGCCCUCGCUGAAGCAGAAGGGCAGUGAGCCGGCAAAGAGCCCGGACGCCAGCCCCAGCACAAGUCCCAGUCCGAGCGGCAACCCAAGCCCGAGCCCCAGCCAAAGCCAAAGCAGGAGCAGAAGCCAGAGUGCCGAGGCUGAGCCAGUGCCACCGUUGGUGGAGCUGGACACGAAGGAUGCGCACUGAGAGAGGAGCCAGAACCAUAGCCAGCGUCGCUCCGAAUGAGAUGAUAUUUUGUACUUGAAAUACUCCUGUGGUCAAACUGUUAAUGCCGGCAGAGUUCGUAUCCUGUUAGUUGCGCUUAGUUGUAGUUUUGCAGGCCGUGCUGCUCUUGUUAUCUAGUCCUUCCCAGUGCCCCCCGUUUUGCGGGCCCCCAAGACAUUCGCAUCGCUAACCGUUUUUGCGUUAAUACCUUAAUACAUUUAUGUACAUGUGAGCAUAUGUAUGCAUGGUUUUGUUUUUGAUUGUGAUCCAGCGAAAUUCCUUUUGUUUGCAAGGCAGCAGAGUUAUUUAUUUAAGCAAUUACCACCUAAUUCUAUGCACAUACCUAUCGCGAUUUCCAUUGAGAUUUCCGAACAGCUGAACCAAAAUUGUAUACGAGGUCCGUUCACGGAUUGUCCAUGUCCUUAACCAAAUUUUUUCCAGUUGAUCCGCAACUCAUAGUCUAGGCUCCUUGAGCAGCCCAAAAAAAAGCUCUAUUUAUUAGGCAAAUUUUGUCAUAGUUUGUACUGCACCCAAAUAAAAGCUAACCAAAAAAAAAUCCAA